AUGGUGUGUGAAACAUGUUUUCUACAGUGCUUAGUUUCAGAAAUUGAGCAAGAACAAUGUAUUGAAUAUAAUGAAAAAAAUAUGAAUCAUCAUAGUGGAAGCAAGCCUAAUCGAGAAUAUUUUUAUGAAAUGGGUGGAAAGGAUGGGAUUCCUCCAACCAUAGAUAAAGUGUUUUUUGAUACACAUAAGAGCAAUGGUGAAAUAAAGGAACCAGCCGCAAAAGAGAUACAUACUGGACUUAUUGAAAAAUGUGAAGCUAAUCCAGAGUUGGAGUCGAUGGAAUUGGUAGAGAAGUACUGUGGAGAACAAAGACAUGGACAUAUAAUUGGAUUUGGAGGUGGAUUGAGGCCUAAAGACUUGAACGGUUCAGAUGCAUUAAGCAGGACAGAAUUGGCAAGCAAACUAAGGGAAUCCAAUGGAGAAAAGGCAGACAUGGCAGCUAGGUCUAUUGGUCCGACAACAACUCAAAACGGUCAAUCUUAA